AUGGGUCGAAAGCAGAAACAGCUGUCGAUCUUCGAGUUCUCCUUUCAGCAAGAACGCUACCAGGGUGAUGUGGACUUGACUCAGGAGCCUGAACCCGCGGAUUUUGCUCCAUCUUCCAGGACCAUGGAAGCCAUUCCCUGUCCUGUGUGUGCUACAAGCAUGGCUUCAUGGGAGAUGAACGUAAGAGUACAGCAUGUGGAGGAGUGCUUGACUAUAACUGCUAUCGGUGAAGAUUCAAGCGUCAAAAAUGGAGUUGUGGAUGAAAUUAAGAAGGAGGAGGCCAGCGUGCCCCUGAUGAGGUGGCUGCAAAAUGGAGGCGACAAGAAGCCGGAGCGGCCAGCCUUGGAGAGAGACACUUCCCUGGCGAAAAAGCGGAAAGUUAUUCUUUCUGCUGUUCAGAAAGAUAGGUUGAAGUAUGUGAACUCGAGAGAAGAGGUACCAAAACGUCAGAAGCUGAGGUCAGAUAACGUUGCUGACGAAGAGCCUCCAACAGAGCUUCUACCGAGCUCAAGGACUACGCCCAUUCCAGAGCUUAAGAUUCUCACGUUUCAGCCACGUCCAGGGGAAGCCUAUCAAAUCUCGGUAGACGCGUUUCACUACAAACCACACGAGUCGAUCACUCAAUACUUUUUAUCGCAUUUCCAUUCGGAUCAUUAUGGUGGUAUCUCGAAGCGCUGGCCGAGAGAGAGAACUCUCACGUCCAAAAUCAUCUUCUGUUCAACUAUCACUGGAAAACUUUUGACCAUAAGGUUCAAAAUUGAUCCUGCUUUUAUUUUCCUGAUGGAACCCGACGUGAGGUACAGAUUCAAAUCCUUCACUGAUCCUGAGGAACAAGCACAUGCGUCCCCUCUGAGGGACCCUGGGGUAUAUGUGACACCUAUCGACGCCAAUCAUUGUCCUGGAGCUGUCAUAUUUCUCUUUGAAUCUAUUUCCGUCAAAGGCGAAUCGACAUACAAGUUGCACUGCGGUGACUUCAGAAUCUGCCCGAAAAUGGUAUUCCACCCUGCGCUCCGACCGUUUCAAAUAGAGCUGAAAAAUCCGUUGAAACUAGAGAAAGUAUAUCUAGACACCACCUACAUGUCUCCAAAGUAUAACUUUCCUAAGCAAGAGCUCGUUUGCAGCAAGGUGGCAUCCAUGUUCUCAGAUCUCAUCUCCGACGACAAGCUAUACGCUGAGUGGUUUGGAACCCAAUCGCAAUCUAGAAUCACAGAUUUCUUGUUUAGGGGUAGCGUCAAGAAGAAAAAGAAGUUUCUUAUCAUGGUGGGCACUUAUCUAAUAGGUAAAGAAAAGCUUGCCAUUGCUAUUCUGAAACAAUUAGGCAAGUGUCCGAUCUAUAUAUCCAACAUAAACAGUCGCGGCGACAAGAAGGAUAUCAUUAAUGCCUAUGAGGACGAGUACCUUAACGAGGUUAUCACCGACGACGAUUUGGGCAGCCAUCCGAAUGCUGUGAUUCACCUUGUACCAAUGAAGAUUGUGGGUCAGGCUCAAGAAAUGGCGAAUUACUUCAAUCACAACGAGUAUUUUAAGCACUUCGAAAGGUGUGUAGGGCUCCGUCCCACUGGUUGGACAUUUGAGAACAACGUCACUGACGAAAAUUUCGUUGACACUGAGGACGAAGUGCCCAUGGUGGAGGCACAGGGGGUGUCCUUAGUCUCUACGGUGAGUGUGCUUUCUUCAAACCCAGAAUACUCAUACAAGCACGAUAUUCUUCGACAAAACCCGCAUGACAAAGUUGAUAAUAAGAAUCGCAAAAUUGACAAGUCAACUUGCAAAAUCUACUCCUUGCCUUACAGUGAGCACCUGUCCUUUAGAGAGCUUUCAUACUUUGUGGUGUUCUUCAACAUAGGCGAGGUAAUCCCUACCGUCAAUUGCGAGAAUGAGUGGACCCUAGCAAGAAUGCUACGAAUUAUUCGUCAAUGGGAGAAAAUCAGAGGUUUUAAGAUGUCUGAUCGACCCAUCUACGAGCUCCCUCCAGGAAUGGUGGCUGCUGCGAAAAGACUCUCGCUCAGUCAGCUAUAG